AUGUCUGAACACAAUGUACACAAUGUGCCAGCACAGCCGAAUGCCCCUCCCAAGAAGGGCCUGCGCUUCUGGCUCAUCUUCCUAGCCAUCGGGAUCGCGACUUUCGUGGCCGCUCUCGACACUUCGAUCAUCUCGACCGCCCUGCCCACCAUCACCGCCGACCUGGGCUCCGAGGAGCUCUACAUCUGGAUCAUCAACACCUACCUCCUGUCCUCGACCGUCUCGUCGGCGAUCGUGGGCCAACUGUCCAACAUCUUCGGUCGGCGCAGCAUGACCACCCUCGCGCUGCUCAUCUUCGCCGUGGGGAGCGCCAUCUCCGGCGCCGCGCGCAACACGGGGAUGCUGCUCGCGGGCCGCACCAUCCAGGGCCUCGGCGGCGGCAGCAUCACCACGCUCUCCGAGGUGCUCGUGUGCGACAUGGUCUCGCUGCGCGAGCGUGGCGUCUACGCGGGGAUCCUAGGCGCCGCCUGGACGCUCGCCGCCGUGGUCGGGCCCAUCAUGGGCGGGGGGUUCACGCAGAACGUGUCGUGGCGGUGGAUCUUCUACAUCAACCUCCCGAUCGCGGGCAGCUCGCUGUUCCUGAUCGUGACCCUCCUGCGGGUCCGCAACCCCCGCUCCGACACGAGCAUCCUGCGCCGUCUGCGCACCAUCGACUGGGGCGGCAUCACCCUGCUCACCCUGGGCGUGACCGCCAUCCUCCUCUCGCUCACCUGGGCGGGCACCACGCACCCGUGGUCCUCGUGGCGGACGAUCGUGCCCCUCGUCCUCGGGUUUGUGGGACUGCUCGGGUUCAUCGCCUACGAGGCGCUGCCGCCCGAACCGACGAUGCCACUGCGCCUGUUCCGCAACCGCACCGCCGCCACCCUGUUCGUGAUGGCCUUCAUCUACAGCCUGCUCCUGUUCUGGGUGUGCUACUUCCUGCCCAUCUACUUCCAGGCCGUGCUCAACGCCACCCCGACCCGCUCCGCCGUCAUGCUCUUCCCGGUCGCCACCACCACCGCCCCUGCCGGCAUCGUCGCCGGCAUCCUGAUGACCAAGACCGGCCGCUAUCGGAGCUUCCAGUACGUUGGCUUCGCCCUGAUGACCAUCGCCUGCGGGCUCUUCACCCUGCUGGAUCAGUCCACCACCACCGGCGAAUGGACAGGCUACCAGAUCCUGUUCGGGGUCGGCACCGGCAUCGUCUUCACGACCGGUCUACCCCCAAUCCUCGCCAGUCUCCCCGAAAGCGACGUCGCCACCGGCACAGCCACCUGGAUCUUCAUGCGCAACUUCGGCGCCAUCUGGGGCACCGCGAUCCCCGCGGCGGUGUUCAAUACGAAAGCGAAUACCCUCGCGUCGCAGACGAUCGAUGAUCCUACGGUCAGGGGGCUGCUGGUGAACGGAGGGGCGUACGAGCGCGCUACCAAGGCGUUUAUGAGCUCGUUCAAGGACAGACCUGAGGUGAUGCGGGCGAUUCGGCGGCUGUACGUGAUCAGUCUACGGGAGGUGUGGCAGGUCAGUAUUGCGUUCUGCGGGGUGGGGUUCCUGCUGUGCUUCUUGGUCAAGGCGUAUCGGUUGCGGGAGGAGCUGAAUACCGAGUAUGGGAUGCAGGCCGAGGGGGAAGGGGAGUCCAAGACGAGGAUCGUAGGGGAGGGGGUCGAGAUGGGGAAGGGCGGCCGGGUGGAGGAGGCGAGGUAG